AUGGUUGCAGUUAGGGUGGCAAACGAGCUCGGUGCAGGCAACGGAGGCGCAGCCAAGUUUGCGGCGGCGGUGUCGGUUGUGACAUCCACAAUCAUCGGCCUCUUCUUCUUUCUCGUGAUUAUGAUCUUCAACAACCAAGUUGACCUACUCUUCUCUUCAAGUGAGCCUGUGCUCAAAGCGGUAGAUGACCUCAAACUUCACUUAGCCUUCACCAUUCUCCUCAACAGUGUUCAGCCAGUUCUCUCCGGGGUGGCAGUAGGUGCAGGGUGGCAAUCUAUCGUGGCAUACAUAAACUUAGCUUGCUACUAUGUCGUUGGAGUCCCCCCUUGGAAUUCUUCUGGGAUGGACUUUUGA